UGCCCUAGCAUAAUCCAUUUUAGCGAAAACACAGGUACCAGACAAGCCAGCUAACCCUCUCCACCUUUUUUCCUUUUUCUCUUAAACCAAAUAUACCUCUCUUCUAAUCUUCUUCGAACCUUCCACCAUUUCCGAUCUCAAAUCUCCUGCUAAUUCUGCCCUUUCUUGGAAUUGGGAAAUUUGAUGAUUUAGCUGAAAUUUUUUGGAAGGAGCUGUUGUUGUUGAGGGUUUGCUGACGGAACUGUAGAGAGAUGGCGUGCAAAGGGUUUUGGGAGUGCUUGUUGAAGCUCUUGAACUUUUUGUUGACCCUUGUUGGUUUGACAAUGGUGGGGUAUGGUAUUUAUCUAUUUGUUGAGUACAAAAAUCAUUCACACUCCGGAGAUGAUUACCCAGUUGCACCACCUAUGAGUGGUGACAUGAUAGAGUUUGGUCGUCCAAUGCUGAUGGCUGUAUCGUUGGCUGAAAACAUAUUUGAUAAACUUCCAAAACCUUGGUUCAUAUAUUUGUUUAUUGGUAUUGGAGCAGUUCUUGUAGUUGUAUCUUGCUGUGGUUGUAUUGGAGCGGCAACAAGGAAUGGUUGCUGCCUGAGUUGUUACUCCAUGUUGAUUUUCUUGUUGAUCUUGGUAGAGCUAGGUGCUGCUGGUUUUAUAUUCUUUGAUAAAAGCUGGAAAGAUGAAAUUCCAAGGGAUAAAACGGGCAACUUUGAAACGAUCUAUGACUUUCUGGAUGACCACUGGAAGAUUAUUAAGUGGGUUGCCCUUGGUGCUGUUAUAUUCGAGGCUCUUAUAUUCUUAUUGGCCCUCGUAGUAAGGGCAGCAAACAGACCAGCAGACUAUGAUAGUGAUGAUGAGUACAUAGGUGGUCCCAGACAACAAAUCCGACAGCCACUGAUCAACAAUAGGCCACCAGCAAAUCCUGCAACUGGUGUCCCUGUUACUGCGACUCUUGAUAAUCGUCCAAGUAGAAAUGAUGCAUGGAGUACACGUAUGAGGGAAAAGUAUGGACUUGACACAUCAGAGUUUACUUACAACCCAUCGGAGUCUAACAGAUAUCCGCCAACUGCCGCACAGCCGCAAGAGGAAAGGAAGGGUUGUGCCAUAAUGUGAUGAUAUGGUUCUUCUGUAAAUUUGGGAGGACUGAUGAUUGUGCUCGUCUGUGUAAUUUAGUCUGGUGUGAAGUAUUUGUGUCUUCUGUAAGCCUUUUUCUCUGUGGAGUCUUAUGUACAAAACACAGUUUUCGGGGUCUUCACUUGUUAAUUGUAGUACAUUUUGAAGGAUGAUUUCUCUUCAUGUCCAUGCUUUGAAGACUUGAACCAUGAUUACUGACAAGUGUGUUGAACCCUUGAUAGAAUCAUGUAAAAGAAGAUGAAAAUGAACUUUUGAGGGAAGUAGUUGUGUCCUACAUCUUGGAUAUUUUCAUGUCCUAAAAUAUCGUCGAUAUGACGAAGAUGUGUUUUACUUUACAUUUGAAUUUUAGCCAA